AUGGCAUUCCUAUUCAAGAGAAACCCCAAGACUCCUCCUGACUUGGUCAGGGCUUUAAACGAACAAGUUGUCAAAAUUGACACAACAACUAGUGAUAAACGAAAGAUUCAAGAUGAAAUUGCUCGUUAUUUGACUCAAAUCAAAAUCAUACUACACGGUGAUGAAGAUAAUGAUCCUCAGCCUGACCAGAUUGCUCAAUUGGCACAAGAAGUAUAUGAAACGGAUCUUUUAUACUACCUGGUUUUAAACUUGCAACAUUUGGAAUUUGAUUCAAGAAAAGAUGUAUCCACUUUAUUUACAACAUUACUACGGCGUCAAAUUGGUAAUAGAUCUCCAACAGUGGAUUAUCUAAUAAGUAAACCUAAAAUAUUGAAUCUUUUACUAAAAGGUCCUGAGAUCCCAGAAAUUUGUUUAAUUACAGGUUCAAUAUUAAGACAUUGUUUAAAAAUUGAAACAUUAACAAAAAUUAUACUAUAUGAACCAAUUGUUUGGAAAUAUUUUGAAUUUAGUCAAAGAGGUACUUUUGAAAAUAUGACUGAUUCUUUCCAAACUUUGAAUGAUCUUUUCACAAUUCAUAAAAAAUUGGUUUCCGAAUGGUUUAAUUCAUUUUCAACUGAUUUUAUCAUUCAUAUCAACAAAUUAAUAAGUUCAAAUAACUAUGUAACAAGAAGACAAUCAAUAAAAUUACUAUCUCAGUUGAUUUUAACAAGACAAAAUAAUAAAUUCAUGAUGGAAUAUGUUAAUAAUCCUGAAAAUUUAAAAUUAAUAAUGAUUUCAUUAAGUGAUAAAUCCAAAAAUUUACAAUUGGAAAGUUUUAAUGUUUUCAAAGUGUUUGUUGCCAAUCCUAAAAAGACAAAAGCUAUAUCUGAUAUAUUGAUUAAAAAUAGAGAUAAACUGUUGAUAUUUCUUGAAAAUUUUAAUUUUAAUGAUAAAAAAGAUGAUCCAAAUUUCAAUGAAGAGAAAGAAUUUGUUAUUCAACAAAUCCAAGAUUUACCAAGAAUAGUUAGUACUACAUCAUCUUCAAGUGUUAAUUUGAAUAAUAUAAAUAAUUCAUGA